AUCGGACUAUGAUGUAGAACAACUGAGGCACACCUAGCAACACGGACAAUACACUGAGGACGUCCGAUAUAUCCUUUGGCUAUUCCGAACUGUUGUCAACGUCUCCAAGGAUCGAAUGCGCCAUACAGCAGUGCUGAGCAACCUCUUUCACAAGCAUGACUAUAUCACCAGCCGACGCAAGAGAUGACCCCAGAAACGCACAUCUCCCUCUGGUGAAUCAGCCUCAGACGAUCUUAGGGACGACGAUUACGUUCCUGUCACUCGCCAUACUAGCAGCAGGCCUGCGGUUGUGGAGUCGCUUUCGAGAUCGCCUCUGGGGCUGGGAUGAUGCCUUCGUCUUCCUUGCUGGUAUUGCCAGUAUAGCUGGUGACAGCAUUGUUUGCUUGAUGCCUUACAAUGGGCUCGGUUUACACUUCUAUACUCUCAGUCAUAGUGAUAAAGAAGCGUACUUUAAGUAUGUAUGGUUGAGCAACGCUGCUUACUGCGCCAGCACAACCUUCAUAAAGUUGGCCAUCCUCUUCCAGUACAUGCGCCUCUUUGCCGAAACAACAACCUCCACCACCUCUCCGCAAUACCGUCUCGCGCGAAAGUGUAUCUGGUCCGUAAUCAUUGUAUCUGCCACGUGGGGCUUUUCGUUCCUCAUUCUUGCCCUGUUUCCUUGCCAGCCCAUUGCUAAGAACUGGAAUCCGACGUUGAAGGGCAAGUGUGUGGGCUGGGGCACCAAAGACCCAGGCAAGCUUUUUGCCAUGUGGGCAGCUCACGCCGCUACCAACAUGUUUCUUGACAUUGUUGUCUUACUGUUGCCCUUACCGUUUCUUGGGAUGCUACGGCUCGCAGGCAAGAGCAGAGUAGGGCUCAUCGCUCUAUUCGCUAUGGGCGGAGUUGUCGCCGUUGUGUCAAUAGGCCGCAUGAUCUCACUUUGCAUGACUCGCGCCGGUACCAUUCCUAUUCUCGAUAUGACCUACUACACACCGGUUGUAUACAUAUUCAGCGUCCUUGAAGUCAAUAUUGCCAUCCUGUGCGCCUCGAUUCCCAUUUUCUGGCCCAUCAUCAGCUCCUUCGCCACCAACAAGAUUCUAGUUGUCAACGAGAUCGUUGUCCAUGUCGAAGAAUACCCAAAAACCAGCCUCGAUGGCCGACCUGGCAUCGGACUCGCGGAACAAGGUGCAUGGAAGAGUCUACCCGAGUCUCCAGGCGUAUUAUCCCAGCAACAGCAACCCAGUCGCCUAAGCGCCAUCGCCCGAACCUUCGAGCGCAGACUGAGCAAAGAUUCAAGCACGAAAGCAGAGCACAAGAGCAAGAGUAGCAUCGCGUCUUCCAUCGGAAAGCCGUUCAGCAGAAGCGACAACAACAGGCCAGCGUCGAGAUCGAGUUGGGAGUCCCAGCGCAAUCUGUACAAGAUGGCGAGUCAGCGAACUGGCAGUCUGACGAAGAGCGACUAUGACUGGUUUGCGGAGACAGACAGGGACUGUGUGGGUAAGACGACGACGAAGAUCGAGAAGGGCGAAAAUCCGUUCAACACGCGGAGACCGUCGGAGACAUGAAGGCAGGCAAAGGCAGAAAGCGUGUUUGGUUGUUAUGAUACCCUGGCGGUCGCGUUUGAUUUCGUAUGUAAGCAAUGAACAAAGAUCACACAAGG